UAUAGACCCAUCAGGAUGGCUCUUUCUAUGUUUUGGACAGCUCUUGUAGUGGCCUGCUUGCACAUCAAGAACCAGGGUCUGACUUCUGCACAGGGCCCCACAAACUCCACUACUACUCAGGAGCCCGAGAACAUCACAAUCGCAUAUAUGUACAGCUACAUAGCAAAUAUAAGCGGAGACGGGAGAAGAACCAUUGUUUCAAGUGACAAAUCUUCUGCAGGGGACUUCGGAUGUUUUGGUAUGGCAAUAAAUAAAGUCAAUAAUGACCCCAAUCUCCUACCAAAUCAUAAACUGCGAUUUCAAGCUAUUGAUAUCGGUGCCCAGAAGGUGUAUGCCAUCCGAGCUCUAAAUGAUGUGACGAUGGGGGCGAACAGCGUCGCGGCAGUUGUGGGUCUUCUGACGACUUGCCGGGUGGAGUCAAGAAUUGCCGCAGCGUAUAACUUGCCAGUCAUUUACAACGGCUGCGCGGAGUCUGCCAUAUCGGACAAGGCCUUGUACCCCACAGUAGCAAGCGCGGCAGCAAGUGCCUCAAAGAUGGUACUCAGCGCUAUGGCCUUCCUUAGGCAUUUUAACUGGACUAAAGUCACCUUGGUUCACGGCUACGUACCGAAUAAUCCUUCCGUCGCCGAUCUCAAGGACAUCACGGAGAAGUUCAAAAAGGAGGGAGAAAUUGAGAAGUUGAAAAUACAAGAAUACCAAUACACGUAUAAUGCCCUAUUUGAGGAGAGAAUAACGCCUUUUCACACUAUCGAUGACAAGAGCGCCAUCAACAGCAUGGAUUCUGUUAUCGACAGGAGCUACAACACCACCAGGAUCUACAUCUUGGUCCCUGCCUUCAAAACCAGCGCCUACUUAUUCCUUUUAAGACUUCAUGCGAAAGGCCUACUUUUAUCCGGUGAAUAUUUUGUGUUGAUCCUAGGAACGGGAAGCGGGGGAACGUAUAAUCUUGCUGAUCCAACGGUGUGGCUCAAGAACUUCGAAACUUCGGGAAAUCCAAGGCCCGAAGUGCUCGAAUCUAAACUUGGAAGACACAACGCGAUGCCCGUCACUUUCUACUCGGACUACUAUAAACUCACACGUGCCGCCGCAUUCAUCGGCCGCUCGGCAAACAGUUUGAAAGUGGACGAUGAACGAUCUUUGCAGUACAUUGACGGCAUGAAAAUGUUCGCUGACAUCGGUGUAUUGACCCAACUAUUUGUCCGCAGAAUGCACCGAAAUUGGCAAAACGAUAAGAGCUUCUUUGAGGCAGCGCUACGAGAAGAUCCACGUUCUGCAGCAAUUUAUGACGCAGUCUUGCUCUAUGCCAAAGCCAUACAUCAGAUUAUUGAAUACAACAAGGAAAUCAACAACAACAAUUUAAGUAUCUCCCUUUUUGACGGGUUGCAGGUUAACGAGCAGCUACGGGGAAUGGAUUAUAAAAGUUUUGACGGAUUUGAUACCAAAUUGGAUGAUAAUGCGGAGGCUGUCGGCAAUUUCAGCGUUGCCAGCAUCCAGCAGGGCAGCUAUGCGAACAAAGAGAGGGAUGCCGAUAACAAAAGCUACCCAUUUGGACUAUAUAAAGUUGGCUCGUUUUGGAAAGGACCUAAUGAUACUCUAGUACUGAAGCUUGAGGGGACGAUCCAAUGGAUUGGAGAUGGACCUCCCAAAGACGAACCUAACUGUGGAUUCAGGGGCGAUAAAUGCUCACCAAUCCCAGAAGAUCACACCUGGAAGAUAGCAACAGGAGUUGCCCUGGGUGUAAUGCUGAUAUUUCUUUUCUUAGGCUCUUUCGUUUACAGAAACUGGAAAUAUGAACAGGAACUUGAGAAGAUGCUGUGGCGAGUGGCUUGGGAGGACAUUAUUAUCCCAAAGAGGGGUGGAAACAGGUCCCACAGCAACCUAAGGAGCGGCCCCAUGGCCUCCAAGAUGAGUCUGAUGCAGUCCCAUACAUCGCUCCGCUCCAACAGAUCCGGCGCAAGUCAUCAGGAUCAGGUGUUCGUGGAAGUGGGCGUCUUCAAGAACAAGACAGUUGCCAUCAAGCGCAUCAAUGUAUCGUAUGUUGUGAUUACCAGGCAGCUCAAGAGGGGUCUGAAAGCGAUGAAAGAAAUGAACCAUGACAACAUCACCUCAUUCCUAGGAGCUUGCGUGGAAGCACCCAACAUAUGUGUUCUGAUGGAAUACUGCCAGCGAGGUUCUCUUUCUGAUGUCUUGGCAAACGACGAAAUCAACUUGGAUUCUAUGUUCAUUGCAUCCAUUGUGAAUGACAUAUUGAAGGGAUUGGCAUACAUCCAUGACAGUUUCAUUUGUUGCCAUGGGAGCUUGAAGUCAUCAAACUGUGUAAUUGACAGUCGUUGGGUACUCAAGCUGACCGAUUUUGGUUUGACUGAUUUCCGGGAGGGAGAGAAAAAAGACAUGGAGGCACACUCUACAUAUCAAGGAAUGCUGUGGACCGCACCUGAAGUUCUGCGUGAUUACUCAGGAACUGGUACAGUCAAAGGAGACAUCUAUGCGAUUGCCUUCAUUCUUUAUGAAAUAUACGGCAGGAAUGGUCCUUAUGGCAACUGUGAGCUUGGACCAGAGGAGAUCAUUCAACUCGUAAAACAUAACCAGGACCCAGAUCGACCAUUCCGACCGAAGCUCGCUGAGCUUGACACCGUACCAAAGUUUGUUACAGACACCAUUGCCAUGUGUUGGGCCGAGUAUUACUAUGAACGCCCAGAUCUCAGCCAGGUCAGGUCAAAACUGAAGCCAUUGUCCAAGGGACUUAAAUCCAACAUUAUGGAUAACAUGGUGUCAAUCAUGGAGCGUUACGCCAACAACUUGGAAAGUAUCAUAGAGGAGAGGACGGGAGAACUGAUUGAAGAGAAGAAGAAAACAGAUGAACUCCUUCAUCAGAUGUUACCAAAGACGGUUGCGGCCCAGUUGAAGCUUGGGAAACGGGUUGAGGCAGAGACGUUUGAUAGUGUGUCAAUAUACUUCAGCGAUAUUGUGGGAUUCACGGCACUAUCGUCUGCCAGUACGCCCAUACAGGUUGUGGAUCUUCUCAACGACCUCUACACAUGCUUUGAUGGCAUCCUAGAGGAGUAUGACGUCUACAAGGUUGAGACGAUUGGUGAUGCCUACAUGGUCGUGAGCGGGCUACCCAUACGCAACGGUAUCAGACAUGCUGCAGAGAUAGCUGGAAUGUCGCUGCACCUUCUGAGAGCCAUCAAGGUGUUCAAAGUGAGACACAAACCAGAACACCAACUCAUGUUGAGGAUCGGCAUUCACACUGGGUCAGUUGUUGCCGGCGUGGUUGGAUUGAAGAUGCCCAGGUACUGUUUAUUCGGCGACACAGUCAACACAGCGUCCCGAAUGGAAUCAAACGGGCUACCCCUGAAGAUCCAUUGUUCGCCAGAAUGCCUGGAACUACUGGAAAAGUGUGGUGGUUUUGUCACGGAAGAGAGAGGACUAGUAGCCAUGAAGGGUAAGGGAGAAAUCCUUACACACUGGGUACUAUCGCAUGAUGCGGACAGCCUGGAUGCAAAAGCCGAGAAGAAAACGGUCCGAAUGUCUGGCGAUUCCUUGGAUUCUUUUGUUCAGAAAUGAAGGGGAACUUGGCCGACAUUUUGUACCUGAUUUCGCCGCUGGUCCAAAUAAGCAAUUUUACUAGCAUGUCCCAGUUGGGUUCUGAGGUUUUUCAU